CGGCUUAAGUAUCCGGCACCAGGGACUCCUGCUUUGGCGAAGAGGGUGAAAGAGCUGCUGCAAGAGGCGGGCUUCGGCCGCGUCGAGGAAGACAAGAACCGCGGGCUGGAUCACGGUGCCUGGGUGCCGCUCAUGCUCAUGUAUCCGGCGGCAGACAUCCCGGUGUGCCAACUCUCCAUCGACUCGGCCAAAGAUGCUGCAUACCACUACAGGAUGGGGAAGGCGUUAGCGCCCCUCAAGGAGGUAGGCGUCCUCCUCAUCAGCUCCGGCAGCGCCACGCACAACCUGAGGGCUAUCAGACGAGAUGGUGCACCUCCGCCCAGCUGGGCCGUCGACUUCGAUAACUGGCUCACUGAUGCUCUUCUUAAUGGAAGGUAUGAAGACGUGAACAACUACUUGGUGAAGGCGCCCAACGCGAAGAUGGCACACCCAUGGCCGGACCACUUCUACCCUCUGCAUGUGGCGCUUGGGGCUGCCGGCGAGAAUGCGAAGGCCGAACAGGUCCAUCAGAGCUGGAGCAACGGCACACUUUCUUAUUCCUCUUAUCGGUUCAAGGCUGCUGAAUGAUGUGCACCGAAGUCCGGAAUAAAUAUGAAAUGAAUAUUCUCAAAGAAAUUAUCUCGUUCUAGAUGUGGCUAAUUUCACCACUGUUGAUCUUAAUUUGAGGCUUAUCUACUGCUUGUUUGUUGAACAUUCUCUGCAACAACUAAUAAAUAAGAAGUCCUCUACGGCUUU